AUGAACAACCCUACCUACGCCCAGCUCUUUCAAAAGGGCUUUGAGCCACCCCCUCGCCAGUCGACUGAAGACCCGGUUCUUGUAGCUGCAAAGGCUAUCUUGGCCGAGCAUCCCCAUAGUGUGUACUACAAGGUCGAAGCCAACUCACCUAGACCCAUCAAAUCCGAGACAUGCCAUAAGAUUCUCACCGGACUUAUCCUAAUGUACGCGAAAGAUUACAUUAGGAACAUCCCCUCGGUCACGAUUCAAGGCUGUGUCAACCCUGAAGUCAAGCGGAACUUCAUGCAGCUCUUAGAAGACGAGAGGAAUGGUGUCCCGUCCGAAAUCACUGAGUGGGACAUCGUGGGCCACGCUGACGAUAACAAGGCACAGGGCAGGAGCUGGAUGGAUCUCCAUCACUGGGAGCGUUUGCGCUGCGACCGGGGAUCAUCCGAGUUCCCCGACCAUGACUGUCUUCGCAACGGCGUGCAUUGCAUCGAUGACUACUGCUUCUCCGAGAACGAUUUCCUGGCCUUCCCACUGCAGUUUCUCGAGUAG